AUGCCAAACCCCUCCCCCGCCCUUGCACCGCAGCGCAAACCAUGGGUUGAAUCGCCAUAUCUAGUCUCUUUACUUGCAGGCGGCCUAUCAGGCACAACCGUAGACCUAUCCCUCUACCCCCUCGACACGCUCAAAACGCGCCUCCAAUCCUCCUCGGGCUUCGCCUCCAGCGGCGGUUUCACCGGUAUAUACCGUGGCGUCGGCUCUGCAAUCGUCGGAUCCGCACCGGGCGCAGCGCUCUUCUUCGUAACAUACGAUGGCGUGAAGCGACUUUCCAGUCCAGGGAAAGGGAAGGGGGAGGGGGAGGGACAGGGAGAAGGGGCGUUGGUACACAUGGCAGCGGCGAGUUUGGGAGAAGUAGCGGCGUGUGCGGUGCGUGUGCCGACAGAGGUGGUGAAGCAGAGGGCGCAGGCGAGUCAGUUUCCGUCGUCGAGGAGCGCGCUGAUGCAUAUUCUGGGGCAAAGACGGGAGCGCGGGGUGUUGCAUGUGUGGCGCGAGUUGUAUCGUGGGUGGGGGAUUACGAUUAUGAGGGAGGUGCCGUUUACGGUGAUUCAGUUUCCGCUCUGGGAGGCGAUGAAGGGGUGGCGGUGUCGACGGACGGGGAAGACACAGGUGAGUGGGUUGGAGGGCGGAGUGCUGGGGAGUGUGGCGGGUGCGGUGGCGGCGGCCGUGACGACGCCGUUGGAUGUGCUCAAGACGCGCAUGAUGCUUGCGAAGGAGAAGCAGCCAAUGGUUAGUAUGUUGAGGAGUAUCCUGCGGGAAUCGGGCCCGAAGGCCUUCUUUGCGGGGCUGGAACCGCGCGUGGGAUGGAUUAGUGUCGGGGGAGCUAUCUUCCUGGGUUCGUACCAGUGGGCGAGUAAUCUGCUGGGAGGUGUGGAACAAGAGUGA